AUGAUGCCUUUUACAGUGCUAUCGGUGUGUCAUGGAGUGCACUAUUCGCGGAUUCUACCCGAGAACCAAGGAUGCGGGUUUCGGCGAAUGAAAUACAGCCAGAUUAGCAUUCUUGCUUCGGUUAACAUCAUUGCCAUUACGGAAAAGCUGAGCCACAGCCUCGAGAUUUUCUGGGCUUUCCAACUAAUAACCGUUGUCGUCGCAUUCGUUGCUCUUUUCUGUUUUAUGGUUGCGGGGUCGCUCAGACCAAGUCUUCCCUAUAGCGUUGAGAAAGAAAGUCUGCUUGUGGACGGUGAAAAUGUUGAGGUCGCAGGACAAUCUGCUCCGAAAGGAAAGGAGGUUGGAUCGAUGUCGGUCGCAAUGAAGGAGAUUUUCUUUGAAAGAGAUUUCAUUGCCAUUAUCGCAACAAAUUUCAUUCAUACUGCU